AUGCGCUGGAUGGUCCCAGCCAUACCGCAUGAGUCUACGAAGACAGUCGCUCACCGAUCCAUCUUCUGUCAUCGAACGCAGAGAGACCUUUGCGUGCUGAGUUUCUGCGAAAAACGCUUCAUCUACAACCUUUCGACUCUUUCUACAUGGCACCCGGCGCAAAGCCUGCACCUGCUGGGUACACGACGUGCGCAGCGCCAGAUCGAGGAUACACUCAUCACCAUCAAGAUAUCAUUCGACAACUGGACCAAGAGACUCAAGCUGCCCCUCAAGGAACUGGGUGCGGACACGCCUCUCAUCAAACAUCGUUCGUUUUUCGUCGAAUUGAGGCGUGAAUUAUGGCUAACUCUUCUCCAGCUCCGUCACUUUUUCUACAUCGCUCUUGACCAGACUAUGAUCUUCGAGCGCUCAUCCGACCCGGCUGCCGGCCAUAGAGUCAUUGACUUGGAUGAAGCAAGAAGAAGAUUGUACCGGCCUCUUGGUCACAAAUCCCACCUUCCGCACUUCUCGGUCGUGUCAUCAGCUUGGUCUCAACGAGGAAGAGAGGUCCUCGGCGAGACUAGCGUCAGACUAAUCAGAGAAUCAGCUAUCUCUUCCUCCUGCGAUCACUUGCUGAACGCUGCAACAUCAACCAUUACAUCUAUCUCUGCUUCUUUGUGGCAGGAUCAUGUUACAGAGGUACUCACGCAUCUUCAGCAUCUCGGCGUGCGACAUCGAUAUUCAUGUCGGCAAGUAGUGAAAAUACAAUCGCCUCUCACACCGAGAGCUAAGCCUUUUCGGACCAUCUAUGUCGUCGUGCCCAUUUUGAAAAUUCCGUCUGUGAAGGUAGAGAUUCAAACAAGCGCGUUCGCUUUCCAUCCAUCUUCCUUUUGCGCACAUCCAUCACGCGAGUUGAGCAACAUACCAUCAAUCAUCAACUCUACCACCAACAUUCAGCAUCCAUCAUCAUCAACUACCAUGGCCGACCACCAGAACGAAGGAGGUCCCAGCAAGAAGCGCACCCAUGCUGCCAUGAUCGGAGCCAAAGAGACUGACGUCGUUCAAGAAGACGCUCAGGUCGCUCGCCCUCAGGCCGCCCUUACCUCCACCCACUCCGACCACACUGUCGCUGAGCGCGACCUUCUCAUCCCUGAUCAGCCCGACGUCCUUCCCGCCACCACCCAGCCUGCCGACGACGACCUUGCUGCCAUCACUGAGGAUCACGACGAUGACAUGAACGUCGAUGAAGUCGAUCGUGGAGUUGUCGGCGAACCUAUUCCUGAGAAAGGAGAGAGCAUUGAUGUCACUGGUGCUGGCGGUGACGAGGUUGCUGAUGCCGAGGACGACGGUGAGAAGGGCAAUGAAGUCGGAGAAGGAAAUGAAGACGGACAGGAGGCUGCCGAUGAAGAAGACAGCAUCAACUACCCCGUCGCCCAGCACACCGCCAACGCCACAGUCGUCCCUGGCCGUGCACGUCAGCCCGGCGAGUGGACUCCUGAGCUUCGUGCAAUGGCACGCCGCGAGCUCCGCUCUGUCCGCCGCCGGAUCGAGCGCGAAGAUCGUCAGGCUGCCGUAGAAUGGGGCACCAUGCUCUUCGCGCACGCCGCUGCAGUUUCUGAUCGUGAGCGCCGUGACAUGAUCUCAGAGCAGACUGAUGCUGAUGAGGAGAGUGAGGACGAGGAGCAGGAUGCUUGA